GUUUCCUUGUACUGUGAAGACAUGAGAGAAGCCUCUAGUCGAUUUCUUGUCUUCUAAAACAGUCUGUUUUGAGUUUUUCUACUAUGUUACGUUGUUUUGUAUACCUGUGUUUUGGUGUUUUGAUUUUGACUGUCUUCCUACAGUUUGGUGUCGCUGGAAUCUCCAUCAAACAAUGCAAGAAUUUUUUAAAGAAAGAAUGUAAAAAAUCUUUAAAGAAAGGACCCGUAUGUGGCACUGAUAGAGUGACGUAUUCGGACGAAUGUGAGUUGAUUACAACGUCAUGCACAAUAGCAUUUGGCCACAUAGAGAAAAAUCACAAAGGAAAAUGCUUGGCAACUUCACCUGCACCGACUAUAGCACCUGUGGCAACACCUGAGACAUUACCUGCGACAACACCUGUGACAUCACCAGCGAUACAACCUGCGACAACACUUCCCGGUCACGUAUGUGACACAAAUCCCUGUAAGAAUAAGGGACUGUGCCUGCCGAAUGACUGGGACGUUUGGGAGUGCAUUUGUCACAAUGGAUUUGCUGGCGCGAGGUGUGAAAUUGGAAAACCAGCACCGCCGAUUUCUGUGACAGCGAAAACCGUUCCGGCCGAUAGUAGGACGGUUCUUGUAGAAUGGGUUCAAGCAACAUCAAAAAGAUCCAGCCAACCUGACGGCUAUAUUCUUGAACAGAAGAUGAAUAGUAAAGCUUAUCGACGAGUUACGUCUGCCAUAUAUGGAGAUGUACGACGAUAUGAGGUGAAUGCAUUACAACCAGGAUCAGUGUAUCGAUUCCGAUUGAUCGCGGUCAAUAAAGCUGGUAACAGCAGAGCUAGUGUCAGCAGUAAUAACGUCACCCUUCCUGAAAUGCCACCUUUAAGCCCAGCAAGAGAGGUGUCUGUUCGAGCCAAGUCUGCCACCAAAUUACGAGUUCGCUGGAAGAAACCAUACAGAGAAGAUUUAAAUGGAGUUCUUCUUGGCUUCCAAGUAAUAUACAGAGUAGCAGAUGAUAUAAAAUAUGAAGAAGUAAUGGAUCCGGAAGUUACUCAUUUGGAUUUGAUGGGUCUUAAACCAAAUACACGUUACAUGGUGUUCGUGGUUGCCUUUAACGCCGCUGGUCGAAGUCCUGUUGGCGAGGGCAUGACAGCAAAAACAUUCAAAAAACACCUUAAACCCCGGCCGACAACCCAACAACUGACAACCAAACAGCCGACAAAGUCACCAACCCAACAGCCGACAACUUCACCUGUCAUAGGGUGUCGGUCAACUCCGUGUCAAAAUGGCGGUACGUGUAUAAGUAUUCCAUCCGUGUUAAUCCCUGGUCUAUCUACGUGUGUGUGCAAGUCUGGUUUUAUGGGGAAGCAAUGUCGCCAAAGUGAUACACCAGCGUGCUACAGUACCCCAUGUUUGAAUGAUGGCGUGUGUGUUUCUGAUGGAGAAGGUGGAUAUACAUGUAAAUGCGCCGAAGGCUUCUCAGGAAUAAACUGCGGUGUUUCUAUGCCAUGCAAAAGUUCACCUUGUCUUAACAACGGUACUUGCACCCCUGACAACAACGGAGGUUUCACUUGUCGCUGUACCGACUACUUUACUGGAACACUCUGUGAUGAAAGAGUUAUUGGACCUUGUGAAAAUAGGAAUCCCUGCUUGAACGGUGGCACAUGCGAAGAAGUGAAUGCCAAACUUUAUAGAUGUACUUGUUCACCAAAUUUCAAUGGCUUCCACUGCCAAUUUUCUGAAGAAUAUCAACCAUCAUUCUCGUCUUCUGACGACAAUGAUGUUGAGAUAUGUCUAUUGGAGUGCGGUGAACAUGGCAUUUGCCGAGGGGGUCCAUUUAACCGAGAGAUGUUUUGUGAAUGUGAUGAAGGUUAUACCGGCAUUCUCUGCGAAUUUGAGACAGGUCCUGGAGAAAGCUCUUCGUCAUCGAUCGUUACAUUAGCAUGUCUGUCUUCUCCUUGUGUGUUUGGGACGUGCUUAGACGAAGAGAACGGAUCCUUCAAGUGUCUGUGUGCAACUGGUUACACUGGUAUCCUAUGUAACGUGGAAAUUAUAACCGAGUCGUCAUCAUCAGCAUCGGAGCCUGAUUUAGGCCCUUGUGUAGUAAACCCUUGUCAGAACGGAGGCGACUGCCUUGUCGAAACCCAGGGUGACGAAUCUGUUAGCUCAGCUGAGACAUAUCGAUGUGUAUGCCAAAAAGGAUUCAUAGGCGAUACAUGCGAUUACACAGAAACAGGUCCUGAAGAAAGCUCUUCGUCAUCGAUCGUUACAUUAGCAUGUCUAUCUUCUCCGUGUGUGUUUGGGACGUGCUUAGACGAAGAGAACGGAUCCUUCAAGUGUCUGUGUACAACUGGUUACACUGGUAUCCUAUGUAACAUGGAAAUUAAUUCAGAACCAUGCACACCAAACCCCUGUUUGAAUGGAGGAACAUGUAUUGAUUGGAAAGGCGACGAACCAUCUUUCAGCAGCGAUGGAUCUUCAGAUUUUUUAUCGUAUCAUUGCAGCUGCCCUCUUGGAUUCAAGGGAGAAAAUUGUGAAAUUGAGACAACAGGUCGAUCGUGUUCAGUGUCUCCAGAUUUUUCGUCAUCAAGCUCCGCUAACGAUCCUUGCACCAAAGACCCUUGCCUCAAUGGAGGAUUAUGUUCGACCUUACUGACGACUACAUCUGAUGACAGCAGCUCCUUUGAUGAAGAGAGUUUCAGCUUCGAAGAGGAUUACAUAUGUAAUUGUCCAUCGGGCUUUGCUGGUAUUAACUGUGAAACGAUACAAACCACCAUCUCGACAACCUCGCAACCGAUACCUGUAACGUCUGCUACAGAACCUCUUGCAGAAUUUAAUCCCAAUAUAUAUGGUAUAAAGGGAUCUUUUAGUCGUCAAGAGGAUGGUUUUCUUGUCAUCAAUGGUUUUAGCUAUUACUUUAUUCUAAAAGGUAUUAUAGAUGUAUAUUUUGUGGCGGGUAAUGAAAACAUACCAACUGCAGAUGGAGAUAUUUUAGCAUACUAUUCUAAAGGGGAAUUUGUAAAUAAUAGUCUCGACCGAACGUUCAAUAAUGAGAUGGUGAUUGUUAAAGAGCCAAACUAUGAGGUCACUUGGAUUGCAGUAGCCUCGCCAUCAGCUGAUAUUAUUCUCAGCGUUGCCUUCUUUCCAGUUGAUGUUGAAACGUUCAAUUCAGAGGGUGGAAGUGUUCUUGAUGAAGCUUGUGAUAAACUGUGCCAAAAUGGUGGAGUUUGUUCGAUUGGAGUUGAAGAGGCAAUGUGCAUUUGCUUACCGGGAUAUGAUGGUGUAAACUGUGAGAUAGACCUGAACCCAUGCAACCCAUCCCCCUGUAAGAAUGGAGGGGUGUGUGUUGUACUCAGUGAACCAGAACCAUCUUCAAAGAAAUUCAAAUGUGUUUGUGAAAGAGGAUUUAUUGGAGAGCGCUGUGAAGAGUAACACAAGACACUUGGCAUACCUGCCAGGCCGACAUCACUUUGGUAAACUAAAGAUAUGCUACCGUACUUCAUGUCCAUGCAGUCUUCAAAAGUAUCAUCAAGUUGUACCAACGUACUAGUUUGUGUGCAAUGUUUUUUUUUUUUCAAGUCAACUGCUCAUAAUGAUAUAGUGAAACAACAAAGCUCAGCCACACGGCAGUGUCGAUCCAACAUAAUAAUAUCACUUGUGUAUUAUUCCAAAUUUAUAACGUCUGUGGUAAAAUACAGUAUAGAGAGAAAAAUCGAGAAUUGCUCAUAUAGAAGAAUAAAAUAACAGAUCAAAGCAAUUUACUGAUCUAGGCCUACCCACUUUUUACUAACUAAACACAUUUUUAACUGUGUUAUUUAUGUAUCUGUUAAUUUUAGAGCAAAUAUUUUCUCAUUCUAAUUUUCAAUUAAAAAUUCAUUUUCAAUUAAAAACUAAUAACCUAAGUAUUAAACAAUAGUGCAGUAAAUAUAUAAAGUACCGUAUUCUAUGCAAAUGUUGAAACAUAUUUUUUUGAGACGUCCUGAUAUAAUUUGGAUAAAUAUACGUUGUAUGAUACACUACUUCGUUUAUUUGUGGAUGUACUGUAUUACGGCUACAAAAAAAAAGAAAGAAAAAAAAGA